UCUUUUAUAGUGCUUGUAAAUAUCAAAUGAUAUUAACUUGAAAUGUAUAUAAGAUAAAGUAACACGUGAAUACUUAUUCACAUUGUUACCAUCUUUCGAAAACAAUAAGAUUAAUUGCGAAAAAACGUGGAUAAGAUUUAUUUACAUUUAUGCUUGCGUUAUGGCCGUGAUCCAGAUUGCGUGUCCUCUUAUUGCGCCGGUACACGGGUAUUUUUAGUUUAAUAGUCGCGAGAGAUUUUGAGUAGCGUAGCGGUUUUGAGUAUGUUUUCGAUGUUUAUACUUUCAGUAUUUUAAUAGAUUAGCUGACUUAGUAGUGUGGUUAUUAUGAGGUCGAAGAAAUAAUUCGAAUUUAAAACAAAAGUGUAAAAAGUGCAUCAAGAUGAAUGAAAAUUCAGAAACAUCUAUGGAGGGUGCUCAACCCACUGCACCAUCAUCAACAUCAUCAGAAGCAGCUUCAGUUGUCAGCACUACUGCCUCAACUAUUCCAAAAUCUGAAGCUGUUCGGCCUACAACAUUCGCAAAGCCAUCUGGUCUGAAACCACCUACAAAGAUAGGCCGACUGUGUUCCAAUACAGCACCAAAGCCCGCCCUGCCUAUAUCUCCUAGAGCUGACGGCAGCUCCUCGGACACGCUGCGAAAGUUAAGCGACGACUCAUCGAGAAAACAUUUAUCAGAUUUAAUCGAAGCAGACGAAGACGAAGUUAGCAGCAGUCUGCCGGAAAGACCGCGAUCACGUCGCAAGGCAUCUACCAGCAGCAGGUCGAGCAUAACUUCGAUGGACACGCUAUGGGAGAAAUAUCCGCGACGUUUGAGCGAGGCAGGACUGAGACGCUCCUCAGAUCACAGUGUUGUUCUAACUGAGGACACUGACAGCUUUAUAAUCGGCGAACGUGUGUGGGUGGGCGGUACUAAGCCCGGUCAGAUCGCGUAUAUCGGUGAGACACAGUUCGCUCCAGGCGAGUGGGCCGGCAUUGUACUUGACGACCCUAUAGGUAAAAAUGAUGGGUCAGUAGCUGGAUUUCGCUACUUUCAGUGUCCGGAAAAGCGAGGUGUAUUUUCACGGCUUACUAGACUGACACGGGAGCCCCUCAUAUCUCAUGCACCACACGAUGCUUCACCUAUUUCUGACGCCGGAAGUGUGUUCGAACGACCGCCUUCUGGUUCCGCAAGGCCCAGGCGAACUCUCUCUCCAAAUGGUAGCGUGCGGAGUAUUGUCAGCAGUAAGAUGAAUGCUUCCAUUUCAACAACCACAAAUGGAGACUUCCGUUUAGGCGAUCGAGUAAUCGUUUCAAGCAGCCGCGGAAGUAAAGCUGGUACUCUCCGUUACGUAGGGGUAACCGAAUUUGCAUCAGGUGUGUGGGCAGGCGUAGAACUCGAUGAUCCUCUUGGCAAAAACGAUGGUUCCGUUGAUGGAAAAAGAUACUUCAAUUGCGCUCCACGCUUCGGACUGUUUGCGCCAAUUUCGAAAGUAUCCAGAUCACCGUCGAAUCGCAAACCGGGCACCUGCGCGAUCCACAGCAAUGGGCGUGCGACACCAAUGCGGCGCUCUAACUCACGGGAAUCUCUCACUUCGCUCGGAACUUCGAUCGCGUCUUCCCGUGCGGGGGUGAGGCUCGGGGUGACGUCGCUGGGUGCUCAGCGGGCCGGUCCACGCGCGUCCUCUACCCCGGUGUCGGCUAAGAACGCGCUGCAGGAGGUCUUACGAGAAAAACAGCAGCACUUGGAGCGGCUAUUACAGGAGCGGGAGUUGGAGAGAGCAGAAGUUGUUAAAGUUACGAUGCAAUUCGAACGUACAGAAAGUGCACUUGCACAGAUUAGAAAAGAAGCAACACAGGCGAACAACGAAAAUGCUAAACUUAAAGUCGAACUUGACAAACUUAAUAAAAUGUUGGAAGAUGAAAAGCAAAAGGUGGAAGAUCUUAUGUUCAGGAAUGAAGAAGAAAAUAUUAACAAAGAAGAUUAUAAUAAAUACAAAGAGGCAAUGGAGAAAGAAAAAGAAACGCGAGAAAAACAAAUUAGAGAUCUAGAAGCUGAAGUCGCAUUGCAAGUCGCUCGCGCUGAGACGACCAGUGCAGCGCUGCGAGCGCUCGAAGAUCAGCGCAGUGCUGAGAUGAACGCUCUAGCUGAUCAACACAAAGAGGAACUAGUAGCAGCACAAACAUUGUCUUCUGAACUUCAAAAAUUAUUAGAUGAAGCCUAUGCGUUGAUCAAGGAAAAAGAAAGUGAAAAGGACUCGCUGACCAAAAGCUUAAACGAGGAACUAUAUAAAGUUAAGACAGACUCUGAAAAAGCACUCAAUGAAGCUAAGAGUAAAAUUGCUAUCUCUCAAUCCGAGUUCGAAACGCAGCUCUCAGUGCUUACAGCGAAGUUGCAACUGGCCGAGUCAAAGUUGGACGCUGAGAAACAAAACGUAGAGAGAUUGAAUAAAGAGAACGGUCAAACAAUAAUAGAUUUAAAUAGUAAAUUAACCUCACUGCAGGCAGCUGUUGAUGAUAAAACACUAGAAUUGAACAAAGUUAUGGGAGUUAGUAAAGAACAUGAAGUCAACCUUAACAAGGAAAUGACUAAAUUAAAAAUGGAACUUAGUGCCAAGGUUUUAGACAUCGAGCAGCUUGAAGAUUUAAAUAAGAAACAAGAAUCAUCUUGCAAGUUGUUACAGGAAGAAGUUAGUCGUGUUAAAGAAGAACUCACACAGAAAAUCAACGAAUAUGAAAGCUUUUUGAAUGAGGCUUCACAACAAGAUGAGAAAAACAAAACUGAAAUUUUGAAUUUACGGCAAGAAUUGAAUACUAAAACAAAAGAAUACGAAAAGUUGGUUAACGAAUCUAGUAAAUCAACUAACUCAAAUGAUAAACUCAUAAAUGAAUAUAAACAAACUAUCCAUGAACGAGAUAAGGAAAUAAUAAAGUUGAAAGAUGAAUUCGAAGAAACAACGGCCAAUUUUAAUAUUAAGCACAGCAAAAUUGCUGAAGAACACAAGAAAGAAAUUGAGGACCGUAAUACUAAAAUAGAGCAGCUAAUAAAAGAAAUUGAGACCCACAAGCAAGCUUUAGAUAAAAGUAAAGUUGAGCUCGACACUCUAAAUACACAGUUUACUAUAAAUGUUGAUGAAUUAAAUGCGUUGAAGGAAGAAAAUAAAAAAUUGAAAGAGUCCCUUAAUGAAAUUACGCAAGUAAAUGCUGAACUUAAAGCUAAAAUAGCAGCUAUGGAAUUAGAAAUCGGUGAAUAUAAACGGCAACUAAGUAGCGCUAUUGAAAAAUGUGAUGAAAUUCAAAAAUCUAAAGAAAAGGUAGAGGGUGAGUAUUUAAAUCUCACCGGUCAAACUACUGAUUCUUAUGAACAAUUCAAUAAAUUAUCGCAGCAUUUAAAGGAUACGGAGAAAGAGCUCCAAGAAAUAAAAGAUAAAUACAGAGAAGCUACUAAUAACUGUGGCCGAAUCGAACAAGAAUAUAAGCAGAAAAUCUUUAAAGUACAGGAAGAUUAUUCUUUGGAAAGAGGUCAGUUAGUAAGAUCGGUAGAUGAAAAUGUUGAAAAGCUACAACUAGCAGAAAACAAAAUUAAAGAGUUUGAAGCGCUUAAUUUUGAAAUAAACAAUCGACUAAGAGAAGCAGAAUCUCAGAGCGACAAAUUGCUUGAUGAAAAUUCAAUACUAAAAACUGAAAUUGAAAGCUUGAAAUUAAAAGAACAAGAUAUAAGUAAUGAGCAUGACACUAUUCGAAAAAAGCUGGAAAUUGAUAUUGAAAGGUAUAAGGAGGAAAUAUUAUUACUGAAAGCAGAUGGAGCUACAUCAGAAGUCAAAUUAAUGGAAAAAGUUGAUCAACUAACUGAAGCACAAAAUGACUUAAAUAAUAAACUUGAAGAGGCACGAAAACAUGAGGAUUCAUUGCAAAAAAUAUUAGACGAUAUGACUUCGCAGCUUAAUGCCCAAAAAGUACAAUUUGAAAAAGAAAUAAAUCAAUUGCAAGAACGACUGGUCGCAGCCAAUAAUGAAACCAAAGCCCAUAAAGACGAGGAAACCCGGUUAACUGAAUUGCUCCAAGAAAAACAAAAUUCAAUCAAAGAUUUGACGCUUAAGUUAGAAAUGCUUGAAGUAGAUAUUAAAUCUAAUGGAGAAUUAGUUACCGAAAAAGAUCGUCAAUUGACCCAAGUUACAGAAGAACUUAAUAAAGUUAAUGAAAUAAAAAAUAAAAUAGAAGAUCAGCUAAACAAAACUGUUAUGGAAACAACCACUAUAAAACAACAAUAUGAAACACUUUUAAACAAUUCUUCUGUCGAAGAAUCAUUAAUAAAUGAACAACUUAAACAGUUAGAAAAAGUUAAAUCUGAAAUGGCUAUUUUAGUGAAUGAUAAAAAACUGUUAGAAGACAAAUAUAACGAAUCAUCAAGUGAAAUAUCAAAUCUAAAAAGUCAACUUAAAGAAACAACAAAUAAAUUGAACGAAACCGUUGAAAAUCUAACUGAAGUAAAUAAAAUAAUGAAAGAAAAAGAUAAUUUUAUUAAAGCACAAAAUGAAAAAGUUGACACUGACUUAAAUAAAAGUAAACAGUUAGAAGAAAAUAUUACAAAACUUCAACAAGAGGUCAAUCAAAAUAACACUACGUUAGAACAAAAGCAAGUAGAAAUAAGUAACUUAAACGAAAUUAUAUUACAAACAAGUAAAAUUCAAGAAACGGUUAAACAACUAGAAUCAGAAAAUGCUGAUUUAAAAGCAAAACACGUUGUUGAAAUUGAAUCUCUUAACAACACAAUAAAGACAUUAACGAAUAAUUUAUCGGAACAAGGAAAACAACUCGAAGACUUAGUCAGCACUAAAGAAAAGGUUAAAGAUUUGCAGCAACUGUUAGCAAAAUCAGAUGAAGAUAUAAAGAAACUUACAAAUAUAAACGAAGCUCAAAAAUUAAACUACGAAGAUUUAACUAGACAACUGCAACAGCAGUUUGAUGAAUACAAAAGAGAAAGUAAAAAUAUGAAACACGAGCUUAAAAAUAGAAUAAACGAUUAUGAGAAACAGUUACAAGAUUCAAAAGAGAAAAUAGCUUUAGAAUUGGAUAAUCAAAAUAAAUUACAAAACAAACUCAACGAAGGCGAUAGCAAGAUAUUAGAAUUAUCACAAAAACUCGAACUAUUAGCUAUUCAAGAAAACAAUUCAAGCAAAGAUGAAAAAUUAGAAAAGUUGACAUUAGAAUUACAAGCUACAAGACAAUCUGGUGCUGAAUCCUUAGUUAAUAGUGAAAAAAUAAUUAAUAAGUUAAAAGCAGAAAUUGAAACUAAUAUUAAAGAUAUUAAGGUUAAGGAUGAUUUAAUCGUAAAAUUACAAGAAGACUUAAAGAGCCAGAAAGCCAAAGUUGAAAUAACAGAAAGGGAAAAAAAUAUUUUGCAAAAAGAAGUGGCGAAGAAUGGUAAAGAGAUUCGAGACAAUAAUGACAAUAAUUCAAUGGGCCUUUUGGGACAAGGCGAUAAUGCAUCGCAGAAACUAACAGAAGAGAAGGAAAUGAUAGAUGGCCAAGUGAGCUUCUUGAACUCUGUGAUAGUAGAUAUGCAGCGAAAAAAUGAACAGCUGAUGGCACGUGUACAGGCACUCGAAGGAGCCACCGUCCCUACCGAACCUCCGCUAUUCAAUGGACGUAAAGUUCGAGCAGUAGCACCACGUCUGUUCUGUGACAUCUGCGACGUGUUCGACGCGCACGACACCGAGGACUGUCCGCGACAAUCUGUGGAACCUGAAAAGCCGCCGUCUAACAAGAAACCCCUAACGCCAAGGCCCUACUGUGACAUUUGUGAAGUUUUUGGGCAUGCAACGGAGAACUGUGAUGAAGAAGAAACAUUUUAAUACCUAUUUAUUAAUUUUAGUAUUAAUGUUACCGUUGUUACUGUUAUUUGUUUCAAGUAGGUAUUAUUUAUUGUUUACCAUGAAUAUGGUAUGGCUUGUUUUACUAGCUAAUUAAAUAGGAAAAUGUUUUGUAAAUAAGGAGCACCUUUUAAGUUAUUUUAGCAUGUUUUAAGGUAAAAGGGAAAUGGUAUUGAUUUUGCUCUUAUGCAUUAUCUAGACGUAAUGCAUAUUGAGAAAUUGCUAAAUCGGCACAAAUCAAUUUCCAUCACAAUCAUGGUUUUUUUUUUAAAUAUAUUGUCUUCACUACAUUAUCAUUUCAAAUAAGUACUGAUAACACCAAAAUUAUCACAAUUUUGUAAUAACAAUAAAUUGAUUCAAAAUA